GAAUCCAGCUCUCAUUUCCGAACGAGGUGCUUUCGGCUAUUGGUAAAGCAGGUCUCAAAGAGCUGCCCUGGAGCUUGAACCUUACAAAAGAGAAUCCGGAAGACGACGAGGCACGCGAGGAAGGCAAGCACAGAAAGGGACAGUUGCAGGAACUAUAAACCUCGAUCGCAGCUCACAGCUCGCAUCUCAGAGGAAGCCCUGCUGCAGUUUUUUUUUUUUGGUAGAGCUUCUGAGGAUCAGGAUGGAGUGAAGGAGAAGAGGGGCUCAAGGGGGUGGGAGGGGGUCAGGCUGUGCAGAGGAGAGGGAACAGUGCAAUAAAGAAAAAGGAAAAGAAAGAAAAGCCAAGGCUCGUGCCUGCGAAUUUGGGAUUCUAUUGGAAGAGAUCGCUCACUCGGGGGAAAUGGAUUCUGUACCAAGACUGAACAGCGUUUUGACUUUGGUGCUCUCAGGCUUGUGGCAUUUAGGAUUAACAGCGACAAACUACAACUGUGAUGACCCAUUGUCCAACUUCCUCUCACUGAAGGCUUUCUCCAGUUCCUCAGAUAUCACUGGAAGUUCUAGUUCAGCUCAACUGAACUGGAGAAUGGGAACUGGUGGUUGGUCCCCAGCAGAUUCCAAUGCCCAACAGUGGCUCCAGAUUGACCUGCAAAACAGAGUGGAGAUUACAGCUGUAGCCACACAGGGAAGAUAUGGAAGCUCUGACUGGGUCACAAGCUAUCGCCUGAUGUUUAGUGACACAGGGCACAACUGGCAACCAUACAAUCAAGAAGACAGCAUCUGGACAUUUGUAGGAAACAUGAAUUCUGACAGUGUGGUUCACCACAAGCUGCUGCACUCUGUGAGAGCCCGCUUUGUUCGCUUUGUGCCCCUAGAGUGGAACCCGAAUGGAAAGAUUGGCAUGAGAGUGGAGGCCUAUGGAUGCUCCUAUAGAUCAGAUGUAGCUGACUUUGAUGGCCGGAGCUCACUUUUAUACAGGUUCAAUCAGAAGACAAUGAGUACCCUCAAAGAUGUGAUCUCCCUGAAGUUCAAGAGCAUGCAAGGAGAUGGAGUUCUGUUUCAUGGAGAAGGACAACGUGGAGACCACAUCACUCUGGAACUCCAGAAGGGCAGGCUAGCUCUCUACCUGAACCUGGAUGACAGCAAAGCUCGGCUCAGCAGCACUGUGCCCUUGGUCAUCCUGGGUAGCCUUCUGGAUGACCAGCACUGGCAUUCAGUUCUCCUGGAGCGUGUGGGCAAGCAGGCAAACUUCACUGUGGACAUGAACACUCAGCACUUCCGGACCAAGGGUGACACAGAUUCUCUGGACAUUGACUAUGAGCUCAGUUUUGGAGGAAUUCCAGUACCAAGCAAACCUGGGACAUUUUUAAAGAAAAACUUCCAUGGCUGUAUUGAAAACCUUUACUACAAUGGAGUGAACAUAAUUGAUUUGGCUAAAAGACGCAAGCAUCAGAUCUACUCAGUGGGCAAUGUCACUUUUUCCUGCUCAGAACCACAAAUUGUUCCUAUCACAUUUAUCAACUCCAGGAGCAGUUAUUUGAUGCUGCCUGGAACCCCCCAAAUUGAUGGUCUGUCAGUGAGUUUCCAGUUCCGAACAUGGAAUGAGGAUGGUCUGCUUCUGUCCACAGAGCUGUCUGAAGGCUCAGGGACCCUGCUGCUCAUACUGGAGGGAGGGACUCUGAGGCUCCUGAUUAAGAAAGUGGCAAGACAUGGAACUGAAAUCCUCACAGGCAGUGGCUUAAAUGAUGGCCUGUGGCAUUCUGUCAGCAUCAAUGCCAGAAGAAAUCGUGUUACUCUCACACUGGAUAAUGAUGCUGCUUCCCCAGCUCCAGACACCUCCCGAAUACAGAUUUAUUCUGGAAAGAGUUACUACUUUGGAGGGUGCCCUGACAAUCUCACCGAUUCCCAAUGCUUAAACCCCAUUAAGGCUUUCCAAGGCUGCAUGAGGCUCAUCUUUAUUGAUAACCAGCCCAAGGACCUCAUUUCAGUUCAGCAAGGUUCCCUGGGGAGUUUUAGUGAUUUACACAUUGAUCUGUGUAGCAUCAAAGACAGGUGUUUGCCAAACUACUGUGAACAUGGAGGACAUUGUGACCAAACCUGGACUACCUUCUACUGCAACUGUAGUGGUACUGGUUACACUGGAGCCACCUGCCAUGACUCCAUCUAUGAGCAAUCCUGUGAGGUGUAUAGACACAGAGGGCACACAGCUGGGUUCUUCUAUGUUGACUCUGAUGGCAGUGGGCCACUGGGACCCCUUCAGGUGUACUGCAAUAUUACUGAGGACAAGAUAUGGAUGACAGUUCAGCACAACAACACAGAGCUGACUCGGGUACAGGGUUCCAGUCCUGAGAAUCCCUACUCCAUGACCUUAAACUAUGGUGGCAGUAUGGAGCAGCUGGAAGCUUUGAUUGAUGGCUCAGAAUACUGUGAACAGGAGGUGAUAUACCACUGUAGGAGAUCCCGUCUGCUUAACACACCAGAUGGAGCCCCAUUCACCUGGUGGAUUGGGAGGUCCACUGAAAGGCACCCUUACUGGGGAGGUGCUGUUCCGGGAGUCCAGCAGUGUGGAUGUGGCCUGGAGGAAAGCUGCCUGGACAGUCGACACUUUUGCAAUUGUGAUGCAGAUAUAGAUGAAUGGGCAAAUGAUACUGGCUUGUUUUCCUUCAAAGAUCACUUGCCUGUAACUCAGAUAAUUAUCAUGGAUACCAACCGAACAAACUCAGAAGCUGCUUGGAGAAUUGGGCCUUUGCGUUGCUAUGGUGACAGGCACUUCUGGAAUGCCGUCUCAUUUUCUACGGAAGCGUCUUACCUCCACUUUCCCACCUUCCAUACGGAAUUCAGCGCUGACAUUUCUUUCUUUUUCAAAACCACCGCUUUAUCUGGAGUUUUUCUAGAAAACCUUGGCAUUAAAGACUUCUUCCGACUUGAAAUGAGCUCCCCUUCUGAGGUCACAUUUGCCAUUGAUGUUGGAAACGGCCCCAUCGAGCUCCUCGUCCAGUCUCCUUAUCCUCUGAAUGACAAUCAAUGGCAUUACAUCCGAGCUGAGACAAACCUCAAGGAGACCUCACUUCAGGUGGACAACCUUCCACAGAGUAUGAGGGAGGCCUCAGAGGGAGGCCAUUUCCGACUUCAGUUGAAUAGCCAGUUGUUUGUAGGAGGAACAUCAUCAAGACAGAAAGGCUUUCUUGGAUGCAUCCGUUCUUUACUCUUGAAUGGGCAUAAAGUAGACCUGGAAGAGAGGGCAAAGGUCACGUCUGGAGUCAGACCUGGUUGUCCAGGUCACUGCAGCAGCUAUGGAAGCAAUUGCCACAAUGGGGGCAAGUGUGUGGAGAAACAUACUGGUUAUUCCUGUGACUGUACCAACUCACCGUAUGAAGGACCUUUCUGCAGGAAAGAAAUUUCAGCUCUUUUUGAUUCUGGCACAUCUGUAACAUACAUGUUUCAAGAACCAUAUCCAGUGACCAAGAACACAAGCCUUUCCUCUUCAGCUAUCUACACAGAUUUAGCUCCAUUCAAGGAAACAAUCAUGCUGAGUUUCAUGACAACACAAGCCCCCACCCUCUUGCUCUACCUCAAUUUUUCUUCUCAGAAUUUUCUGGCUAUCCUGCUCUCCAGGAAUGGAAGUUUACAGGUUCGAUAUCGACUAAGCAAGGAUGAAAGUCAUGUAUUCAACAUGGACACAGAGAAUCUGGCCAACAGAAGAGUGCAUCAGGUGAAGAUUAGCCGAGAUGGUCCAGAACUUUCCAUUCAGAUGGACCAACAACUCUUCAGCUAUAGCUUCUCCCCAGAAGUUGAGUUCCGGACACUGAGGUCACUUGUCCUAGGCAAAGUCACAGAAACUCUUGAUUUGGAUCCAGAAGUUGCUCGAGCGAACACCUUGGGUUUUGUUGGAUGCCUUUCUUCAGUCCAAUACAAUCACAUAGCACCAUUGAAGGCAGCCCUCCGCCAUGCCAGUAUUGCACCUGUGACUGUCCAAAAGACCUUGACAGAAUCCAGCUGUGGCUCCAUGGUGGACUCUGAUGUGAAUGCAGUGACCACCGUGCAUUCUUUGUCAGAUUCCUUUGGAAAGACAGAUGACCAUGAACCACUCCAAAAUGCAGUCCGAAGUGACUCAGCAGUCAUUGGAGGCGUCAUAGCAGUGGUGACAUUUAUUACUUUUUGUGUCAUUGGAAUCAUGACCCGCUUCCUCUAUCAACAUAAGCAGUCACACCGCACCAAUCAGAUGAAGAAGGAAUACCCAGAGAACUUGGACAAUUCCUUUAGAAAUGAAAUUGACUUGCAAAACACAGCCACUGAAUGCAAACGAGAAUAUUUCAUCUGAACCACUGCAGGGACACAUGGUCCUCUUUUUUGUGGAGUUUCCCCUCUCGUUUUCGCUUUUCUUUUGUUUUGUUUUUUUUUAGUUUAAAAAUUCCCUUUAUCUCACUUACCAUUGAUUUUCUGAACACACAUGCAUCCAAAAAAAGCACUGAUCUCCUUGACCUAGCUCAUGAGAUCAUAUAGCUGUGGCUACUGUAACCCACUGACAUAUGUCUCAUUGUGAAAAUGACCACUGGAGGCACUUCACUAUUAUAAAGAUGAAAGAGACACAUGUGCACACAUGCACAUUCUAUGUUUGUAAUCCAGUUGAAAACUUCACUCUAUAGAUUCUCAGGCACUUGAUCUUGGCACCUUCCCUUAGACUUGAGCUCUGUGGUGUUUGCUUGUAACAACUGUUCCUGCCCAAUACAAUAUUGUUAGGUAUUACAUCUUUAGAGGAGAAAAGGGUGUGUGUGUGUGUGUGUGUGUGUGUGUGUGUGUGUGUGUGUGUAAGAGAAAGAUAGUGUCAGAUCAUUUUUUAAGUGAUGAGUUUAUCAGGGAACCUAAUAGAGCAGGAGGGAAUGAAGGAAACUGAAUCUACCCAGGGAAAGCAACAUUUGUUUCUACCCUGUGAGAGAGGAGGGAGGUUAAGAGGCUUUGAAAGCCAGUAGACAGUGUGUGUGUGUGUGUGUGUGUGUGUGUGUGUGUGUGUGUGUAAAUCAAGUACUUUAUAAGUAACAGUAUCCAGGACACUCUCUCCUAAGGCAUGGCUAAAACAGCAUUGAGCCUAGUUUGUAUGUGACCUCUGACAAGGCAGCAAUCAUUUGUUCAACCUAUAGCCUUUCUCCAUUUUGGACUGAAAUAUUUGGAGACAUAUCUGGCUCCAUAAAGAGGUGGGAAAAUUGUGUUCCUUGAGAACUGAGUUGAGAGAAGCUACAUGUCUCCAAGGAACAUAGGAAGGUAGUCCUUCAUAAUAUCUGUGAGAACAAACAUACUAUACUUGGAGGGCCAAGGUUAUAAGAACAACCUGCUGGAGUAACCCAAGUCAAGGGAGACCCUUCUGGCCUGCUAAUUUUAAUGACAUUUGAUGAGUAACCAGAGAAGUUUACUUAUGUUAGUUUAAUGUCCAUACCACAAGUAGCCCCUGACUCCGUUCAUCAUCCUUUCCAUAGAGUCUCAGUACUUUCCAAUAUAGAGUGACUGAAUACGGAGGAGCUUCUUUGCUCCUAUUUUGCCUUGCUGUUUUUAGGCCUGGAUAUAAUGCCCUGAUACCAGGAGGCUUUAAGAAAGCUGCAAGGAAGUAGCUGCUCCUCUAACUUGCCACCUGUCUUCUCUAAUUUAAUAGAACAUGCUAGUUAUAUUAUUCCUAAAAUUACUCUACUGAAGUAAAGGAAUAUAUAUAUAUAUAUAUAUAUAUAUAUAUAUAUAUAUACACACUUGUGUCUAUUGUAUGUAGUCAGCAUAAACUGAAUUCAAAUAAAAGUCUGGAUUGGUUUCAUGAAAAGGCUUAGGCCAUUUUAAUUGAGCUUGUAGGGAAAUUGAAAAAGAAAAAGAAAAAAUAGCUACAUGAUAAAUGAGAAAUAUCAAAUAAGAUUUUUUUCCCCAGUUCAUCCAAUCAAUAAAGGUCCAGUAAAGGAUGAAUGUAGAGAUUAGUAGGAUUCACAUUCUAGAACACAGGUAAUGAGUUCUUACCUCAACCGAGAUAUUUCCCAAGAGGCAAGGGACUGGCUGUUGUGUGGACCGGAGGAGUUGCAUCUAGAUGAGAAGAUUUCACGGGAGAGUAUGUGACACACUUUCCAUUUUCCACUCUGUACCUGCACCCAUGUACACAAAGGUGCUGCAUGCACUUGACUUAUGUGCCUAAAUAAAGUAGUAAAGCAUCUCAGGCUUUGGGUUCUUUUGGAAACAAACCAUAUAAUUCAUUUGAAGAGGCAUCUUCAAUUUGUGGAUGGUGGGCAAUCUUCGUCAUUUAUGGUAACAAUAUUCUUAAUUCUUUUUUCCCCUUGGACCACCCCCAAGAAAAGACAAGGGAUAAACCAUGCAAACACUUCAAUCCUUAGGGAAUGCUAGAAGAAAGAUCUUUGAUAUGCAAAGUGCUGGCCAAUUCCCAUUGCAAGGCAGUCCUGAUUUGCAAAGCAGGUACUUCACAGUUGAUAGGUGAUACUUCUUCUUAGGAAGUAUUCUAUCUCUUACUUUUCAUCACUGCCAUGGAUAAGGAGGUUCAUAGCAAAGUCCUCACUACCAUCAUCCAGUUGCCCAUCUGUAGUUUUUCUUCCCUUACAAAGCUACAGAGGUAAGGAUGGAGUGUAGAACACACCACAACCUUGAAAUAUUGUCCUAAAGAUAUGUUCUUUCCUUAAUAUUUUCUGCAAAUUCUGACAUACUCUCUUUCUCUUUUAGAAUAUUUUUAUCUUUCGCUAGUGAAUUUAUUUUAAAGCAAUUCUAACAAAUACACCCUGUUUAAAUUUUUCUAUCUUUAAUAAGGAGAAUUGCCAUCUAAUAAAAGGAGAGACUUUGAGCCUCUAUUGCCUUCACCUUCUCCUUGUCUGCUGUGCAUUUCUCCUUUUGAAUUUUAUGACUAUAAAAGGCUGUAUUAAUCACCCCUUUCCUUGGUUGCAUAUUCCCCUGUCACUAGAAAUGAAAGUCAUGCUGAAGUUUAGCCCUAAGAACAUCUAACAGUGAGAGGUAAAGAAAGGGUAUUCACAGUGGAAUAUUUUCUUACUAGAGUCUUUAGAAUAAAUCACCAUAUUUUGUUGACACGAUAUUGAUGGACAGAAAUGGAGUUACAAGCCAACGCAGAGUGUACAAUUUCUUCAUCCACUAAUAUGUACUUAUGUAUAAUCAUAUAGGGAAAUGCAUGAAGCCAGUUUCUGCUCUCUGCAUAACACACAUUCUACUGGUGUCCUCCUCCCUAGAUGUAUAGGUUAUGCAGAAUAAAGCCCUGAGCAUAUGGAUAAGGUGUUUGAUAAAUGAUGAGUUGGUAUACUCUUGUAAGUAGUCUCGGGGCUAAAUCAGAAUUUCCUCAUAACCUCACAACACACACCAGGUGAAAAUCUAGUAAUCCACACUCUCCUACACUGAAUGCCAUCACAGCUAGGAGCAAGAGCCAGUGUUAGGCUGGUGACAAGAUCUACUUGGUAUAUGCCCUUACUCAAUUUUGUUAUAGAAACAGAAGUCUACUCACAGCACCAGGGAGUAGAGGGCAAGGACUAUGCACACUUAAUUUGCAAAUCAUUUCCAGAGGCUUCUAGAAGCUAACAUGUUUGUAAGUAAUUCUUAGAAUUGUGUGUCCCAUUAAUUAAUUCCAUGAGAGAUGAGUGCUUUGUUUCUUUUCCUCAAACUAGGUAACUGUUUCAUUCGGACAAAGUUCUGUAUAAGAUAGUAAAUGGACUCUUUGGAAAGAGAAAGAACAAAUGGUACCUGUAUGACAUAAUUUUUGUAGACAGGAUUUACUAGGUAACCCUGGAUGCUUGACUCCAUUAUAAAUCAGACUGGCCUUAAAAUUAAGAGAAAAAUACCUGACUUUGCCAAGGUCUGAACCAUCAUCUCUGCCUAUAUCAGAUACAUUUGAAAGGAUGCUAAAUUUUCUAUGUUCUUAUUAAAGCUUUCCAAGUAUAUGCUUCUGCAUGUGGCAGACCCAUGUAUAGACUAUAGACAGAAAAGAGCAGUCUAUAAUUCUAUUCUUUUCUGUUUUUGCUUCUAUGGUGGAUAUUUACUUAUGCCACAUCUUUUACAUCUCCCUUAAGUUGGUUGAUAGUCUAAUAUUUUUUAAUUCUUCCCACUCAGCCCUAAAAAUCCAUUUGAGUCUGUUUAGACAAGUGUCUGAGAACUAGAAAAUUUCUGUUGAAUGAGCAAUUAUUUAUAUGCUGCCUAUCUAAGGGAGGUCAUGCUUAUAUGUCUUAUAUGGCUCUUUUCAGACCUGGAUGCCAUGUAUAUUCUCUUGCCAUAUGAUCACAUCUCAAUUAGAAGACUCACACUGGGACAGCAUAUUCAUAACAUCCCCAUAGUAUCCAUGGACAUGGGCACUAAUCAGUGGAACUAUUUUUAGUUUUUUGUCUACCAACUGGUUUACUUCCUUUGAGUUCCCUAGAGGUGUAAGCUAUCAACUCUACUACAACAACAGUUUAGUAAGAGAAACAUGGGUACCUAUAGAGUCCUACCAUUCAUUGUUCCUGAAACUAUUGCUUGGGUAUGCUUGGUCCUCAAAGGUCCUAUUAGGACAUGUUUAUUAAAUAAAUAAACAUGCAGUGUCAUACCUGCAACUGUCAAAUGAAGAUAAUCAAAGGGUGGUACAAGCAAAUGCGACCAUGAUUCAUUUUUUGAAGGAUGGCUGAUUGCUGUUUCCUGUCUCUCUCACAGAUUGGAAAUGUUUUCUUUAAAAGACUCACAGUUUAUCUGAAUUAGUUCUGUAUACAAGUUCUUGUGACUUUCUCAACCCCUCUCUGUCUAUAGCCCCAGCCCUUCUCAUGAAAUUUGUUUUUAAAAUGAUUGCUGUUCUUUCUCAUCUGUGUUCCCAAAUUCAAAAUAGUUGUCCCAUCUAAAAGGAGAGAUAGAUAGAUAGAUAGAUAGAUAGAGAGAGAGAGAGAGAGAGAGAAUUGACAAGGCUGUUCCUCAAAUGUUAUCCAGGAAUCUAUAUCCAUACCUACUUUCUAUGGAGAGAAAUGUUAACACUUUGUGUUAUAAACUCUUUAAAUGCCUCAGACAGGGUUCUACUGAGUGUUUUUGCUAAUUUUUAGUGAUUUCCCCCUCUCAUUUUGCACUACGGUACUCUGUGGAAGAGUAAGACAAGCACAUUUUUGUAGUGAAACAGUGAAGUUUGUGUGCUAGUCCUCUGUUGUUUGUAAUGUUUAUAGUCUGCAAAUGAUUAAGUGAACAUGAGCAAGGUUUAAGUAUCUAUGGGCUUUUGUAUUAGAGUAGCUUUACGGGGUUCUUGCCAAGGAGGAAAAGAGUUUGCAAGGAGCAAGGAACAGCUGCUGAUGCUGAAGAGAGCCAAAGCUUCCACCAUGAAGUAACGAUGGUUCUUCUCCAUAUUUCCCUGGCUCCUAACUCAGGAGUCUCCUUCAUGCAUUUGUCUUACACCUUAGGCAAUAGGAAAUAUUAGUGGCCUUGCAUGAAAAAUAGUUCACAUGACAUUUCACCCUACCUUAGUAAUUUUCAAGCUUUAUGUUUUAGUAUAGUCCAGGGAUGUUUCAGAAUUAUCACCACAGUGAUUUUAUCUGCUCAGUAUGAGCACUCUAAUGUCAGCUUUAAGUAAAAUAAACUAUGAUCAAUAUCCUUAGAUCUGUUUACAUUAAUCAAAUGCUCCAGGGAUAGAAGUAAUGAAACACUGGAUUCAGUCAAGUGGUCCUUUUUUCCCCUUCCUUGGUCAUGCCAUCUACUAUUCAUGUAUAACAAUAGAAUAGUAGAUCACUUUCCAUCCUCUACAAUGUGUACUUCAGAAGGCAACCACCUGACACUCUGUGAGAAGUCUUCCUUUGAGUCUCCUCAGUACCCAAGUAAAGCCUGCAUCUGAUAGCAGAUUCAAAUUAGGAGGCUAGUCCCAAAUUAUAAAGCUAAUGCUUGCCGUGAUAAUGAUCUAGUCAUAAUUUCAUUAGCAUUAUAUUGAGCCAUGCUUCAGAUCCUAGCAGUAAAUCUCAGAAAACAUAAAAAAAAAAAAAAAAAAAAAGCACUGGGUAAAGCAGAGCAGGACUCUGUCACCCUGAAGCCUCCUUGAAUGACCACUCCAGAUGGAGCCAUUUUAAUUGCUACACUAUAGGAUGAAGUGAAUGGGCCUCUGACUAGUUACACUUUCAUAUGAUAGUCAGCCAUAUCCCAAAGUGAUAUCUGAAGUACUAGCUUAAUCUCUUCUCUUUGUAUGGCAGUAUCAACAAGUAUAAUCUUCUCCUGCCUUGCAUACUCUUACCAAAAAAAGAAAAGAGUAAAUAAUAAUACUUUGCUUAAAGUAGUGUAGUAGUGUUAUGAGAAGGACUUUCCAUUUGGUGAGGGUCACUGCGAGUAAUUUUUUUCCCCAAACUUGACAAUAGAAGACUUCCCAAAAGCCUAUAUUCAAUCUCUUUAAUGUACACUUCCCACUGCCAGAACAUAAGGCAGGAAAGUAGAACAUAAGGAAGUGAAGACAGAUAACACAUUCUAAUUAUGCCCAAUAAAGUAGGCACCAGUUCAUAUUUGGUUCAGGAAAUUACCAAAUCCCUAAGACAAUGAAUCACCAUGUUGAUUUCAAAUGAGAAGCUAGAGGCUUUCUGGCUUGGUCAGGAUUUUCUUUAGAAAAAUAAGAGGUCAAGGAGAUCACUUUUAGAAAGCAAAUAACAAAGUAUAAAAGGACCUUUCUCAAAUAUAUAUCAGGCUUUCUUUUAUUAUUAUUGUUAUUAUUAUUAUUAAAGCACAGCAGAGGCAAAACAGACCAUUGGGAUUCACUGGAGACUCCUUGUUUCUUUGGAUAUUAUGUUUUUUGUUCCUGUAACAAAAUCCUCAGUCCCAUCUGAUGUUGCCACAUUGCAAGUCUGUUUUGUAGACCAUGUAAUAUGUUUUAAUACAAUGUAUGGAGAAAGUAAAAGUUAGCCUUCAAUUUCUUUAUUUUCUAUGUUUUUCGGCUGUACAAUAGCAAGACAUACCUGUAAAUAUUGUAUAUUUAAUAAAGAGAGAAUUUUGUAUCUUUUUGUGUAGAAUACAAA